AUGCAGCUGUCCGACGUUCAGAAGGAGCUGCCGCUCUGGCGAGAAAACCCCAAGUAUGCCAUGCGGACCUUGAAAGCCUUCGCAGAGGCGAGGCGUCACCAAGAUGCCGCGCAGCUCCUGCAGAUCAUGCGCCAGGAGAUGGUGGAGACCAACAACUUCCACUACAGCGCUGCCAUGAGCGCCUGCGAGAAGUCGGGUGACUGGCAGCUGGCACUGUCCCUCCUGGCGGAGAUGCAGGAACUGAUGGAUCCCAACGCGGUUUCCGUGAAUGUAGCCAUCAGUGCCUGUGAAAAGGGCUGCCGCUGGCAGUGGGCGAUGCACCUCCUUGACUUCAUGCCAAACUGGGCACUGGAGCGGGACGUGGUGAGCUAUACCAGCGCCAUGAACGCCUACACCAAGGGCUCGCAUUGGCCGCUGGUUUUCCACCUGCUGCACACCAUGGACGCAAAGCCCAACGCUCGAUCCUUCAACGCGGCCAUCGGCGCCGCCGUGAAGGGCGGGCGCUGGCAGCUGGCGCAAAGCACGCUGGAGGCAAUGAUCGCCACGCGGCAGCUGCCCAACAUCAUCAGCUUCAAUGCUGCCAUCAGCUCCUGCGAGUCCCAGAACAUGUGGCAGCAGGCUUUGGCCCUCCUGCGGGGCAUGCGCCAGCACGCCAUUCCCCCAGCGGCCAUCUCCUUCUGCGCGGCAAUGACGGUGGCGCGCCGCGAGUGGGAGCAGGUGCUGCAGCUGCUGGUGGAGAUGGGCAAGCGGAGCUUGGUGAGCGAGGCGGGCUUCCUGAAUGCCAUCGCUGCCUGCGAGACAAAUGGUCGGUGGCAGGCUGCUUUGGACCUCUUUUUCUCCAUGCCUGACUACGGUUUGCCUUUCGGGCAGAUGCCCUUCAACUCCGCAGUCAGCGCUUGCGAGAAAGGCCAGCAGUGGUCCUUGGCCCUCCACCUCUUCGCAGAAGCCUCAGAUCCUCGCAGGGCGAGCUUCGGGCGCCGCGUGCGUGGGGACCUCGUGGCGCUGAAUGCGGCGCUGGUGGCCUGCGAGCGCGCCAGCGAGUGGCCCCGGGCGCUGCUUCUGGCGGCCCAGGCUCCAGAGCUCAACGUCUUCGUGGUGACCAGCGCCCUACGCGCCUGCGCCCGCGGCCUCCAGUGGCAUUCAGCUCUUCAGCUGCUAAAGGCAGCCCGCGCACGAGAUGCGGCCAACGAGCGCUCCUUCGGGGCCGCCCUGAGUGCGUGUGAGCAGCAGUGGCCAGCGGCCAUGUUUUUGCUGCAGGAGAUGUUCGAGGUCCAGGUGGAGGUAGCGGCGUCGCACCUGGGCUGCUGCGCCUUAGCGCUGAAAAAUGGCCCAGGCGCAGAGACCGUGGAGAAGUUCCUGGAGCCUUACCGAACGGCAUGGCACAAGGAGGCUCAGAGCUCAGGAGUGAUGGCUCUCGAGAAGCCCCCAGACGUGGAGACCGCGGAGGCCGUGAAGACCUUGGCGCGGCGGCUGGGCCUGCGGCGCCCGGGCUCCGCCUCGCGCCUGGAUCGGCCCACCUCGGGAGUGCUGCCCGUGGCCCUGGGCGAGGAUGGCUCGGGGCCUGUGAGGUGGCUCCAAGUGCAGUUUGCUGCAAAGUUGGUUGAAAAGGUGUACAUUUGCCUUUGUGAGGGUGAACCGCUGGGCCAGUGCGGGGCCAAAGGGAGUGUGGACCUGCCGCUGUUCUCGGAUAACUUUCAGGAGCAGGCGGAGAGGACAGUGGUUUGCACGAAGCGAGGGCGCAGCGCGCGCACGGACUUCGAGGUCUUGGCCAGGUUCCGGCCCUCGUACGCCACAGAAGAGCUGAUGCUGCUGCGCGUGCAGCCGCUGACGGGCCGCACCCACCAGAUCCGCGUACACUUGGCGGAUCUGGGGCGGCCAGUGGUGGGGGACUGGACCUACGGACGGAAGUACGAUUCUGUGGUGAGGACCAAGCGCCUCUUUCUUCAUUGUUUGCAGAUCCAGCUCCGGGACCUUGCCGGGGAGGUCUUCCGGGGCCGCAUGGAGCUGCCCGAGGACUUGCGGGAGCUCCUGCGGUGCCUGGGAUCGCCCCUGGAAGGGGACUGGGAGAACGCGCUGAGCCCCGGCGCCGCCGCGAUUGAAAAAGGGCCGGCAGCCUUGGCGGGUCAGAGGGUUGCAGUCGAGGUCACCAUUGCUGCGGUGGCUGAGGGCUUGACGCUGGCGUCCAAAGAGGCUGUGAAGGGCUGCCUGCUCCCCGUGGAAUGGCUGGGGAUGUUCUUGCGCACGCCCGGGCAAGCGCCAGCCCAGAUCCUGAAUGCCAUCUUCCAAAGCCAUAGCCUGAAGUACUUCGACUUCGAGAAGCAACGCCAGGAUGCCAACAUGGCCCACUUUGAGGGCGACGAGUACCUGAACGUGCAGGAAGGCAUUCCCUAUGAGGAGUUCCAUGACUACUUCAUCCAGCGCCGGCAGCUAGGCCGGGAGGGCUUCGAAUUGCUGCAGGGCCUCGGGGUGAACGUCCUCAAGAGGAGGGGCGCGAGAUGCCACGGUUGA